UUGUGAUUACUCAUUAGUUCUCCAUGGCACUGUCUACUAAAGCUUUCUUUGCUUCCUCCAUUCCUCCAAUUGCUCCAAAAAGAAUUCCACAAACUCCCAAUUCAAACCCCUUCAGCCUCACCUCUUUGCCUAGUGCUCACAAAGAUUGGAGCAUUGCCCAUCAAGAUAACGCUAUUUUGUGGUCUACUCCCUUAGAACGUGAACGUGGUAGGGACGGUUUUAGCCUCCAACAUGAACAGAAAAUGGAAGAAUGCGGGCAUGUACUAAGGAAAGUACGAAAAGAUGAUCCAUUUGAAAGUUUAAACAUGAUUAAUGCUGUUCAACGCCUGGGAAUUGAUUACUACUUCCAACAAGAGAUUGAAGCAAUUUUACAUAGCCAAUAUCUAAAAUACAUCGCUCAUGGUGACUGCGGCCAUGAGCUUCAUGAGGUUGCUUUACGCUUUCGACUCUUGAGACAACAAGGCUACCAUGUGCCUGCUGAUAUAUUUAACAACUUUAAGGACAAAGAGGGAAAGUUUAACAAAGAACUGGCUGAAGACAUUGACGGAUUGAUGGCUUUGUAUGAAGCUUCACAGCUAGGUAUAGAAGGUGAAGACAUACUUGAAGAAGCUGGAAACUUUAGCGAGCGGCUCCUGAAUGCACGGGUGAGACAACUUGAUGAUAACCAAGUCAGAGUUGUUGGGAGUACUUUGAGGCAUCCUUAUCACAAAAGCUUGGCGAGGUUCAUGGUUAAAAACUUUAUUGGAAAUUUCCAAGACAGAAAUGGAUGGUUAAACGAUUUACAGCAGCUAGCAAAAAUGGAUUUCAAUAUGGUCCAAUCCAUGCACCAAAAGGAAAUUGUUCAAAUUUCCAAAUGGUGGACAGAUGUUGGUUUGUCUGAGGAGCUAAAGUUUGCCAGAGACCAACCACUCAAAUGGUACACUGUUUCCAUGGCCUGUCUUACAGAUCCAGACAUGUCAGACGAAAGGGUUGAGCUAACAAAACCCAUUUCUCUUAUUUACAUAAUAGACGACAUUUUCGAUGUUUAUGGAUCGCUUGAGGAACUCACUCUCUUCACAGAAGCUGUCAACAAAUGGGAUUUUGCUGCUCUUGAGCAACUCCCCGAGUACAUGAAGAUAUGCUUCAAGGCUCUUUACGACAUCACCAACGAAAUUAGCUACAAGAUAUAUCGGAAGCAUGGAUGGAACCCCAUAGACUCUCUAAGAAAAACGUGGGCGAUUUUGUUCAAUGUCUUUCUAGUGGAGGCAAAAUGGUUUGCUACAGGGCGGUCGCCGAAGUCGGAAGAGUAUUUGACGAACGCAGUUGUUAGUUCAGGGGUUCAUGUGGUUCUAGUUCACAUUUUCUUCCUUUUGGGUCACCGUUUAAAUAAGGAAACUGUACAACUUGUUGAUAACAUUCCGGGGAUUAUAUCUUUCCCGGGCACGAUUCUUCGGCUUUGGGAUGACUUGGGAAGUGCCAUGGAUGAGAGUCAAGACGGUCAUGACGGAUCAUAUAUAGACUACUACAUGCAAGAAAACGAAGGCUGCUCUAUUAAAGAGUCACGAGAGAAAGUUGUGGGUAUGAUUUCAGACGCGUGGAAGCAGCUAAACAAAGAGUGCCUCUCUCCAAAUCCAUAUCCAACAACAUUCACUAAGGCUUCUCUUAAUCUUGCAAGAUUGGUUCCAUUGUUGUAUAGUUAUGACAACAACCAUUGCCUUCCAAGCCUCGAGGAGCACAUGAAAUCCAUGCUUUAUGAAAGUUUCACUAUGUAAUUAGCUAAUUAAUAUCAUGUAAAAUUACUCAAUAAUCUUUGUGUUCAGAAGAAGCCUAUAUAUAUCUUCUCAAUUGC